CUUCCUUAUUGUGCUGGUAUGCCUUAUCUUCAGCGUGCUUUCUACAAUUGAGCAGUAUGCAGCUCUCGCUACAGGGACGUUAUUUUGGAUGGAAAUUGUACUAGUGGUGUUCUUUGGAACAGAAUACGUGGUUCGGUUAUGGUCGGCAGGAUGCCGCAGUAAAUACGUUGGGAUAUGGGGAAGGCUUCGUUUUGCUAGGAAGCCCAUUUCAAUCAUUGAUUUAAUUGUAGUUGUUGCUUCCAUGAUAGUUCUUUGUGUGGGCUCUAAAGGUCAAGUCUUUGCAACCUCAGCUAUCAGGGGCAUCCGCUUUCUGCAGAUUUUACGCAUGCUGCAUGUUGACCGUCAAGGUGGUACGUGGAGACUGCUGGGAUCAGUAGUGUUCAUACACAGACAAGAACUGAUAACUACACUCUACAUUGGAUUUCUGGGCCUGAUUUUUUCCUCUUAUUUUGUGUACCUGGCUGAAAAAGAUGCUGUAAAUGAUUCUGGAGAAACAGAGUUUGGCAGCUACGCAGAUGCCCUGUGGUGGGGAGUAGUGACUGUUACAACUAUUGGCUAUGGGGAUAAAGUGCCGCAGACCUGGAUAGGAAAGACCAUUGCAUCUUGUUUUUCAGUAUUCGCAAUUUCAUUUUUUGCACUCCCUGCGGGAAUUCUUGGUUCAGGCUUUGCCCUGAAGGUGCAACAGAAACAAAGACAGAAGCAUUUCAACCGUCAAAUUCCAGCUGCUGCUUCUCUCAUACAGACCGCAUGGAGAUGCUAUGCAGCAGAAAACCCGGACUCUUCUACAUGGAAAAUAUACAUUCGAAAACCUUCCAGAAAUUAUCAUUUGCUGUCACCCAGUCCAAAACCAAAGAAAUCAGUGAUGGUUAAAAGGAAGAAAUUUAAGUUAGACAAGGACAACGGGCCUUCUUCUCCAGAUAGGAUGUUAACUGUUCCACACAUCACUUUUGACCACGUGUCGGAGGACAGGAAACCUGCUUUCAGUUUUGAAGCAUAUGAAAAUUCUGUGAAAAAAAGCCCGACGUUUUUAGAUGUGAACACAGGACCCUUCAUCAGGACCAACAGCUUUGCCGAUGAGCUCGACCUGGAGGGUGAGACACUGCUGACCCCCAUAACUCACAUCUCACAGUAA